AUGGCGGUAAAGACAGCUUUUCCUGGUCGUUUUUCUUUCCAGCAUACCCUUUUCUAUUGGCGCAGGUACCAGCAAGCUUUUAACAACAGCAAAAAUCAGAAAUCCAGUAGCAGCCAACAAUCGAAGAAGCAAUUCACUAACCAAGACUGGCAGCUUCUCAUCAAAGUAGCAGCUUCCAACAACAGGAAAACCAAAAGGAGUGGCUAUGCUUAUGAGGCAACAAAGGUGGAUGGAAGCAACGUGUUUACAGGCGGCACUAGCUGUGGAAGGAAGCCCUUUUGUCUUGCCAUACAAGAUGCUAUUGGAGAAUCAAUGAUUAAAGCUCUGGAGAUGGGUUAUAGUAGAAUUCUAGUCUUGACUAACUGUAAAGGCCUCUCACAAGUUUGCAAGCUCUACAAACAACCAAGUUGGUACCAGAGGACUUUAAUUGCAGACUUGAAUCAUUUUCGGAAUCAGGGACUUCACUUAGACUUCCUUUUUGUUCCUAGAUAUGUUGUAGGCCAUGUUUCUGAUUUAGCUUUUAUCACCACUUGUUUCCCUGUUCAUAGGUGUAAGCUAAAUCCUAACUUUUUCCAGGUCUGAUGUCUGUUUUUGUACUGUUUAUGUUGCUGUUUAAUGAAGAUG